AUGACGAGAGAUGCCCUUGAUAAGUUCAACCUCCCAAAUAUCAAAGCAACAACUCCUCAUUUCACAGACGUCUUAACAAAUGUUACCAAACCAUCAGAAGGUGAUUUUCGAGAAGACAUAAAGGGGAAAAUGUUGGAAUUUCUUGAUUGCAUUAACAGAACUGGUGCCCCUUUCGUUAUCCAUAUCUUCCCAAUCUAUACAGUUUAUAGAUACGGAUUUGAUGUGGACUUUGCUUUCUUCGAUAAUAAAUCCAAGUUCAAAAUCGUAGAUGGAAAUAACACCUACACUAAUCUGUUCACUUUCAUAUACGAUACACUUGUUUCUGCUCUAGCAAAGGCAGGUUAUGGUGAUAUGGAGAUUAUUGUCGGACAAAUUGGCUGGCCUACAGAUGGUUAUGUGAGUGCAAGUGAACCAAAUGCUGAAAGAUUUCAUCGCGGCCUUCUUCAAUAUAUUGCUAGGAAGGAGGGAACUCCACUACGCCCAAAUAAAGAUAUAAAUAUAUUAUGGACCUUAUCAACGACAUUGGGGUAUCUAUAA